GAGGUCAUCAUGAUUACUGGGACAGGAUGUUUGUGUGUGACUCUACUGCUUCUCCUGCACAGAGCAGACUCUGAAAGGUUUGAGGUUCUUGGUCCGACUCGUGCCAUUGUUGCUGUGGCUGGUGAUGACAUCAUUCUGCCCUGUUACAUCAAACCCAACAUCACCGCUGAGGACAUGAGAGUUGAAUGGUUCAGAGUCAACCUCCCAGGCCCUCAGUCAAACAUCCGCGUCCAUCUCUACCAAGACGGCAGAGACAAAUACCAUGGUCAGAUCCGCUCCUACGAGGGAAGGACAUCAUUGUUUAAAGAGGAACUGAAGAAGGGCAACACCUCUUUGAAACUGACCAGGGUACAAGGCAUUGAUGAUGGACGUUACAAAUGUCUUGUUCAGUCUACGACCCAUUAUGAUGAUGCCACUGUUCAAGUCUACGUAAUAGCAAUAGGAUCCAAGCCAGAGGUUUCCAUUGAGGGACAGAAAGAAGGAGGGAUGGAUCUGCUGUGUGUAUCUAAAGGCUGGUUCCCUGAGCCUGAGUUGGAGUGGCUGGACAGUAAAGGGGUCACUCUGUCUGCUGGACUGUCAGAGACAGACAGGGACUAUGAGGGAUUCUACAUAGUCAAACUAAAGACCACCGUAAAGGAGACUGACACCAACGUCUUUACCUGCAGACUGAGACAGAGGCAGCUCAGUGAGCAGAUCAACAUGGAGACAGAGUUUCACAUCUCUAAUGCAUCCAAAGCUGAACACAGUCAAGAGAUAGAUGCAUCCCAAGCUGAACACAGUCAAGAGAUAGAGCAAGUUACAAUUGAACACAGCCUUCAGUUGCAGAAAGAUCAAGAUCGCAACACUCAUAAGCUGAAACUUGAAGACAUCAGAAGACAUGCAGUGGAUGUGACUCUAGACCCUGAUACAGCACAUCCUGACCUCAUCCUGUCUGAAGACGGGAAACAAGUUAGAUGUGGAGACAUAGAACAGAAUCUCCCUGACAACCCAGAGAGGUUUGAUACUGUUCCCUGUAUCCUGGGAAAGGAGGGCUUCUCCUCAGGGAGAUUCUACUAUGAGGUGCAGGUGAAGGGGAAGACUGGGUGGAUUUUAGGAGUGGUCAGAGAGUCCAUCAACAGGAAGGAGAAGAUUGACCUGAACCCUGAGGAUGGAUGCUGGACUGUGUUUCUGAGGGAUGGAGAGUACAAUGUUUUCACUGGUCCCUCUGUCAUCCUCUCCCUGAGAGAGAAGCCUCAGAAGGUGGGGGUAUUUGUGGAUUAUGAGGAGGGUCGGGUCUCCUUCUACAAUGUGGAGGCCAGGUCUCAUAUCUACUCCUUCACUGACUACACCUUCACUGAGAAACUCUAUCCAUUAUUUUAUUGUGGUACUAUUGAUAACUCAGACCCACUGGUCAUCACUCCUGUAGAUGUCACUGACUGACUGUUUUAUACCAAACAUUGAAAUACUGUUAAUGUGUGUGCGUGUGCAAGUGUGUGUGUUAUGGGAUUUUGAUGAAUAAUGACUAAAUUAUGUAUACAUUUAGCUUAAAACUAUAACUAAACAGAAUACUACUAUGUUACUGUAGGGAUGUAUGAACAUUAUUCUAAUCAUAGUGCUGAAUAUAAUGUGUGUAAUUUUAAUCAAUAAUUAAAAUAAGGACUGUCUGUUCCUUGUUAGAAACGAAUGGAGUUAUCAUCAGACAGGCUGGAAUGCUGUGUUCAUAACAGGACAUUCUGUCUCUACCCAGGGAGGGGAGAGACCUUGGGCUGGUCAUAGAUUGUUUAACAGGUGGCAGACAAUGUUAGAAGGCUUGUGAAACUGUAUGACCAUUGUAUCUGAGAGGAGGAAGGACAUUUUAAAACCUAUGACGUCAUUAUUAU